AUGCUUCGAAUACCAAUACCAGCGCCUACUGGUUCCCUCCUCUGGCGCUCACUGCGCGUGUACCAGAUCUACGGAGCCAACACUGAUGUCGGCAAGACUAUUUUCACUACCCUUCUCUGCAUAACAGCUCGCAGGCACUGGCGCAAUGAGGAGACGGUCUUUCUCAAACCUGUUUCGACAGGCGCGGCUGAGGAUGCUGAUGACCGACACAUCCAGAGGUUUGCCCCUGGGACCGUCGCCAAGACGCUCUUUCAGUACGAUCUCGCCGUGAGCCCCCAUCUCGCGGCCCGUCGCUCGAACCAUGCCAUCCCUUCCGACGGCGCCCUUCUUGCUGAGAUCUCUGGGUUCGCCGCCCGCCAUGCUUCUCGCGGUGGGGGAUGGCUCUUCGUCGAGACAGCAGGCGGCGUGCACUCGCCAUCUCCCUCGGGCUCGACCCAGGCCGACCUGUACAUGCCGCUGCGGCUGCCCAUUGUCCUCGUCGGCGACAGCAAGCUCGGCGGCAUCUCGCAGACUAUCUCAGCCUUUGAAUCGCUGAGGAUGCGCGGCUACGACGUCGAGACGGUGCUGCUGUUCCGGGAGACACAGUACCAGAACCAUGUUUAUCUCGCCGAGUACUUCGGUGAGCGCCACGGCAUCCCCGUCAGGACUGUCCCUGCCCCCCCCAAGCGCGCCGAUGAUCCCAGGGCAGACGCCCUGCUGAUGGACGGGUAUUACUCAUCUCAGGAAUCCGGCAGCUGCGCAGAAGGAGGAGAACUGCACUCAACCCUGAUGCACCUCGACGCCCGGCACCAAUCCCGGCUCACCCGCCUCGACUCCAUGGCCAUCGCCGCAUCCCAAAAGAUCUGGUACCCCUUCACCCAGCAGCGGCACCUGACCCCCUCCCAGAUCCUAGUCAUCAACUCGGCGCGCGGCGAUUACUUCCAGACGCUGGUCUCCUCUACCCCUUCCGGCCCAGCCCCCGCCACCGGCACCGGCACCGUCCCGUUUCCCAGCAAGGCAUCGCCGGUCCUCCAGCCAUCCUUUGACGCCUCCGCGUCCUGGUGGACCCAGGGCCUGGGCCACGCCAACCCUUCCCUCACUCUCGCCGCAUCCUAUGCCGCCGGGCGCUACGGGCACGUAAUGUUCGCCGAGGCGGUGCAUGAGCCUGCGCUCGCGCUUGCUGAAACUUUGUUGGAUGGUAUGGCCUCCACAUCAUUUCGAAGCGGUGUUGGUGGUGGUAGUAGUACAAAGAAGCACAGUCCUCCUCGGCUGUCGCGCGUGUUCUUCUCGGAUAACGGGAGUACCGGGGUGGAGGUCGCGGUGAAGAUGGCGCUGAGGGCCGCCAGGGUGAGGUAUGGCUAUGGAUACGGCCGAGAAAAGGUGGGGGAGGAGGAGGAGGGGUUGGGGGUGCUGGGGCUGCAGGGGAGUUACCAUGGGGAUACCAUUGGCGCCAUGGACUGCUCGGCGCCGGGGGUAUUUAACGAGAAGGUGGAGUGGUAUCGCGGUAGAGGUUUUUGGUUUGGACAUCCUGUUGUGGAGUGCCGCGGUGGGAAGUGGAUGGUGAGCGGGUUUCCCGAGGGGAUGAUGAGGGAGGAUGGUUGCGGGGAGGUUGAGUACCCUUCGCUGUCGGAUGUUUUUGAUGUCGAGGCGAGAGAGGCGAGGGGGGAAGGGCGGGUCUAUGAGAAGUUCAUUCGGCGCACGCUGGAAGAACUGACCGGCCAGGGACGCAGGUUCGGGGCGCUCAUGAUCGAGCCUGUUGUCCUCGGUGCGGGAGGGAUGCUGAUGGUAGACCCUCUUUUCCAGCGAACGCUCGUAAACGUCGUCCGGCAGAGCUCAGCCCUAUUCAGCCGUAACGGGACCACAUACCCCUCGGCUGACGACGACGGAACAACCUGGACAGGUCUGCCCGUCAUCUUCGACGAGGUAUUCACAGGCCUGUACCGCCUCGGGCGCUUCAGCGCCGCGUCGUUCCUCGGCGUCGACGCGGACAUAUCUGUGCACGCCAAGCUGCUGACCGGCGGGCUGGUGCCGCUCAGCGUGACGCUCGCGUCCGAGAGCAUCUUCCGGGCGUUUGAGAGCGACGACAAGAGCGACGCCCUGCUGCACGGCCACAGCUACACGGCACACCCGGUCGGGUGCCAGGUGGCGCUUGAGAGCAUCCGAGAGAUGCAGCGGAUGGAGGCGCGCGGGGACUGGGACUGGGCGAGGGAUGCGAGCGGUGCUCAGACACUUGAGGUUCUCUCGGCCAGCGAUCUUGUCUGGUCCGUCUGGAGCCCAGAGUUUGUCCUCUGGGUCAGCCAACUGCCGGCGAGCUUCGUGGGUGGUGUGUGGGCUCUCGGCUCCGUUUUGACCAUUCGGCUGACCAGCGUGGAUGGCAAUCAGGGGUACAAGGGCAGUGCCGCGAGGGCCGUCCGCGAUGCGCUCCUCCAGGGCCGGUCGGGCGUUGGCGAGGCCCGGUGGAACGUGCACAGCCGCGUGCUGGGAAACACUCUGUACCUCAUGGCAGGCCAGAAGACGACUCAGGAAAGCGUCCGACUGGUUCAAGAUCUGUUGCGGGAUGCUCUGCUGAAAGCCCAGAAUGCACAGCAGCAUUGA